GUUCAACUCUGCGUAUAUCUUCAACUUUGCCCCUGCCCAUGGCUAUAAACUUUCGCCCGACUGCGCGUAAUAUCUGUCUGUUGAUCUCUCACUCGGACCACUUUACCAAGUCCACAUAAAUUUGGGCUUUCCGUGAGAAUGUUCUUGCGACGGGACGAAUAUAUUAUCGAUUUUCUACAGCUAUGUCUGAAGCGGGUCAGUGCACCUCGUCCGUGCACGACAUUGAUCAUCACGUGUCAUAUAUCAUAACUUCAUUUCCCCUCUUCGACCGUUACUUUCCCCUCACCUGCUGCGUGUAUUUUUAAACAGUAUACUUCAGUCACAGUCUAAUUUCGUAUUCUCCACUUGUAGCAAUGUGCGCUGCUACGAAGAAGCUCUCGACCAAGGCCGCCGAGCCUGGGCCUGGUGUCAAAUCUGUCCCGGAAGCGACAGUUUCAAAGUCGCAUCAUACAACCCAUCCCCCUUGGAUUGACAUGAUUACCGAAUGUAUCACCACGACACCCGAUGGGACCCGCCACGGCGUAUCACGCCCAGCGAUCAAGAAAUUCGUCGACUCAAAGUACCACUUGGAAACGAAUCCUUUAGUGUCUAGCCAGCUUAACCGAGCAAUCCAUCACGGCGCUGAUAAGGGGAAAUUUGUCUUGCCAAAAGGACCUUCUGGAAAGGUCAAACUUGCGCCUCGGGGGCACGAGGCAGCUAAAGAGAACGCAAAGCCAUCUUCAAAACGCUCCGCCGCUGCCAAAGAAAGUCACGUCAUCCCAAUCAAGGCAGCUACUAAAACCGCAGUGAAGAAGACGUCUCGUGCCGCGAAGCCGGCGGCUACCACUGUACCCGCCACACCGCCGAAGUCAAGAAUUGCUGAAAAGAAAUAUCACUCCACUGCAAAGAAGGCUAGAACGACUGGUUCCUCUACUCGCAGGACGGUCGGAAGAAAGGCCGCUACUGCACAGGGCAAAGCUAAGAAGACUGCCACAGGAAGGUCAACUCCAUCAAAGACUGGCAGGCGGGGAGCAACUUCCUCGAAGAGGACUACGAGGGCAGCAGCUUCGAAGCAGAGGGCCCAGAAGACUUCCCGCAAGUAACGCAUGUUAUUCAUGAUUUCACGCUCUUUCUGGCGAAUCAUGGCUAACGUCCUGAUAUCUACUCAGAAACACGGUUUUUCUUCACUGCUUUUCGUCACAUGUUCAGGCCUAUUUUUCAUUCAUCUUGCUGUUUUUACGUCUUGGAUGUAUCUCCGUGAUGUCCCACUCAUGCUUUCCUACGAGUUUUACUUCUGAAGAACUCAUGCCCAUCUCAUUCUAUGCCCUAUCUUAUCGUACGCUAUCUACUGUCAAUUGCCCUGGUCUCCCCAUAUGAUUCAGUUGUACGUAUCCUCUGUUACAAUCUGGAACAACAAAUAUCAGUUCCUCAGGGACAUUGAGUUGUGUGAAAGCCGG